CUAAAUAAUUUAUCUUGAUUUAUAAUGGAUUCUGCAAAGAAUGAAAAGCAGUUACUUUUAGAUAAAUUAAGAAGUUCAUCAGAUGAUGAGUUUGAACAGGACUUUGAUAACAUAUUUGUUCAAAUAACAGAGAUAGACUCUAAGGAUAUAGAUCAAAUUUUCGAUAUUGUUGUGCAAAAAUCUUUUGAUGUUCUUCCAAAACAAAGUGUGGAGAACUGUUUCUUCAAGAUUAUAUUUAAAAGAGUCAAAGACACAAUUAUUUCUCUUUAUAAAGAUAUUGAAAACAAUAUUACAGAUGGGCAGUAUAAUUCCGAUAAAAUCAUAUGUAUAUUACUACAUUGCACAAAUUUAAUCAAAGCUUUAUUAAAGACACUUUCUAGUCUUGCUCAAAAGAUAUCAAUUGACUAUCAUUGCAUUUACAUAGAUAGUAUAUUUUUAGAUACAUCUUGUUUAUUAUGUUAUACAUACAAGCAUUGCAAGUAUAGUCAAAAUAUUUAUGGAAAUAAAAUCAGUGCUGUAUAUGAGGUAUUGGCAAAAUUAUUUUCUAUUUCUCAACAAUUGCAAACAUGCUUCUUAUCAUUAUUCAAGGAUAUUGAAUAUAAUCUUAAUAUUAAAACCCACCUCGAAGGCUUUAUUGAAGUUCUUUUAGUUUUGAUAGAAUGUGGAAAAUACCUUAUAACCCUUGACAUAAGAUCAACAGCUUCUCAAUGGAAAAUUAUAGCUGAUUUCUUUGUAACAUAUAAACAUGCAAUAGAAAACUAUAUGAAUCUAGAAAGUAAAUUUCUCAUUAACGAACCUAUUUCUUUUUUAAGUAAACAUAUUGAUAAAUCACUAACGGAUGUCUGUGAGGAUACUGCACAAGAUGCCUCACAAGUCAAUCGAAUUAUAAAGCUUGAUAAUUUUUUUAUGAAAAUUAUUCUUAAACUAUUUGACUUGUAUAAAGAUUUUGUUAUUGAUUGCAUACCUGAUGUUGUCCAAUUGUUGUAUUCAGUUCAUGGAAUGCACAGUCCUGUAUUAAUAUACAAAAGCGCUGCAACUGUUGAUACAUGUUCUCUUAUACACUCGCACAUUUACAUCGCAGUUCAAAUACUAGUUGGAAAUUUAAUAGAUAAUAAAGCUUUUGCUAAUGCAAUUUUAUGCAAGGAGUUGGAACAAAACAAUUUUGCAAGUUUAUUGUUAUGCACUAAUAUACUGAAAUAUCUAAUUGACAACACCAAUAAUGUUAGAGAACUGUGGAUGGUUUCGAGUGAGCGUAAUAUAGUUAAUUUAAUUUUUGAUGUUCUAAACAACACACAGUAUGAAAUGUCCGUGGAUAUUAAGUACACAGGAGUAGCUUUGGAAGGAAAAGCAGCCACAAAGUGUGAUUUGUAUGAAUUGUUAUUUUCAUACAUGGGAGGUUAUAUAUUAAGUGUUGAUGACUAUGAAUUUACAUACAUUGAGAAAAAGAUCUUGACUAUUAUAACAGAAUUGAAUCGUAGUAAUGUUUGGUCUAAAAUUAUGGCAUGUGAUCUUAUUUGUCUGAUAGACAGAUAUGGUACUGCAGAUUUAUGUUAUCAGCAUGUUGAGUUCUUCAGUGAAAUAAUAGUUGAUACACCAACUUUAUGUUUAAUGUAUGAAAAUGAGUUUAUAUUCAUCAAACAGACAAUUGCUCGGUUAUUCAAUCUUUUGUCUAUUAAUGAUAAAAAGAGAUUUCUUGUAGAAUAUGAUAUUAAAUUAAACAGCAGUAUAUUUUGUGCUAUUGAAUUAAAACAUAUUGAAGAUUUUGAAACAUCAGAAUUCAUCAAGCAUUGUGAAAUUUUAAUGAGCAAGUUUAUUGAGAAAAGUGAUUCUGCAAACUUUUUACAAAUGUCUAACUCUCUAAGUCUUCUUACAACUGUGCAAGGGAUAACCAAACAGGGUCACAAGUUUUUUACUGAUAAUUUAAUCAGAUUGUGGGAGUAUUUCAAGGAAACAGAUUACUUAAUUUCUCGAUUCUCAUGGGAAGCUAACAAGAAGGCAGAAAAGAAAAUCUUCACAAAAUUUGUGUUGGUUUUGAUACAUUUGUCAUCAAUGAUAUUAGAGUUCAUAUCUAAUGAGAAAUUGUUAUCCAUAUUGACCCAUUUAGAUGCACUAAUUCAUAUAAAUACAUCUAUAAAAUUGCAAAUAUGUUCAUUUUUGCAUAAAUUACAUAAGAAGAUAGAAAAUGACAGUAACAUGGCGUCAUGCUUCCAGUUAAUUGCAAGUUUGUUCUGUAAGUUAGUAAAUGAUGGCAAUCCAAUUGUCGAGCAAAAAGCUUUAGAAGCUAUGAUAAAUUUUUCCCAACACACUGUUCAUGAGGAACUUAUUACUAUAAUUGUGAAAAAGGAGAAGAACUUUGAACACAAAGUUGUGUCAUUUUUAAAUAAGAAACCUUUUAAAAGUGAUAAUUGCAUAACCUUAGAAGCAUACCUAAAAUCAUUACAUAAUUUUAUCAAUAAGGAUGAAGAAAUUACUUUAUCAGGCCAAACAGAUGAAUUCGAAAUAGACACUGUUGAUGAUAUGUUUGAAGAUGAUUUUGAGGACUUUGUUCCAGCUAAGAUUCAAAAGCUUGAAAGUGAUGUUGUAAUACUUGAUAUCAUAAAUAAUAUUAAACAAUCUGCUAAUUCGUUAGUCGAAAAGAAAUCUGAUGGGUAUUCAAAUGAAGUUAAAACUGAAUUGAUAGGUGUAAUUGAAAAACUGCAAUCUUUAAUUCACAACACAUGAAAAGAAAAAAAAAAAACAUACAAAGAAAUUAAUAGAUGAAUA